GGGCAGGCCAUGCGUAGCGUUGCGAACUCGAAUCAUCGCGCCAGCAACCACCAACUUGACAAUCAACCUUGGCCUCCAGAACCUCGGUUGCCCACCGCCGCCCCAACGCGCCGACUUGGACCACACGUCUAAGCGUUUCUCUGUUGGCUGCACACGCCACACGCCGCUGCAGUCACCAUGUCGACACAGCAGCAGGCCCUGAUUUUGGACACAAUCCUCGCGCUCAGGCGAAAGCUGAAGCGCAAAGCCUACGAGAUACUCGCUCCGUUGACCUCCGUCACCGACCUUCCGUCACAUCCGACGUUCUCGCGGCCGUUCACUUCAAGGGCACUCAACGAACUGAUCGAGCAGGGCCGCAGUCUGAUGCAAAAGGAGAACAAGGCGCUCUGGAAAGCCAAGCCCUUGCUCACCAAACUGGUUGGCGACAACACGUGGGCCCCCUGCGGGCUGAUGACGGCACCCGAUGACCGCGACGCGCUGCUUUUCAGCGACACCGUGAGCUUCUUCAACCGCCCCGCCAGCCGCGUUCCCACAGGACCCUCGGCACCCGGCGUCAACGGAAGCCACAAGAAUACAUGUACCGAGUCAGCGAUGCGAGGGACAGCCCAGGGUGCACCCGCGGCUGGAAGCACACGACAACAGGACAAGGAACCGGGCAGCGAAGCAGCGGCAAACGAGGGCACGCUAUCAGACGGGCACACGAACGCCAACGGCGAUGGAAACACGGGUGGCGGAUCAGGCACGGCCGAGAGCGCCGACAGGGACGGCCAAGUCAACGGCAAGACGGAUCACGAAACAGAGGGCAAGGACGGGCCAGCAGCCGCGGGCGGGUCCUCGGGCAAGCCGGACGCGGCGGCGGGGGUCGCAGACGUGGAGAUGGCCGAGGCGCCGGGCGCCGGCCGAGAAGGGCCGACUUUGCCUUCGGGGCUUCCGCCGCCCAAGGUACAGACCGCACCGUCGCCGGUGCUGCCCGCGGAACCGCUCGACGAACUCUUCAUCCACCCGCUCUUCAAGCUACCGCCGGCAGCGCGGCAGGACCGCGAUCUGGGCCUCCCCGAGCAGGAAGCCGAAGAGGUGCGGCGGCUGCUGCUGCUGUACGUUCAGAAGCAGGAGGAGAUCUGCCGGAACACCAAGCGGCUGUACGAAGGCCUGCUCAAGGCGGACCGGCUCCGCAGGACGGUGUGGCAGUGGGCCAAGGCCGAGGCGCACUGCGGGCCGAACCGCGACAUGUCGGACGGGGAGGACUGGUACGACAAGGAGGAGUGGGGUCUGACGGAGGACCUGAAGAAGGGCGAGGAUGAGGUGGAGGAGGAGACGGCGCAGACGCAGAAGAAGACGAGGAAUCGGAAGUGAGUCCCUCUAACGGAGAGAGAGAGAGGGAGGGUACGUACGGGGAUGUGUGCGAUAACGGGCGCGGCCGACUGCGCGGCCGACUGCGCGUCGUCGUCUUGACGGAUCGCCGCUCUGCGACCUGCCCACGCUCCCCGCAACAGUUUCUUAUUUGGGAAGCCAGAAAGACAGGCGGUUUGCGG